CUGAGCUUCCAGGGAACUGCACAGCAAGAAUAUUGCAGUGAAACACACACAUUUCACAAUUCUUUAGACAGAGAAGUACAAUCAGACAUGUUCAUUUCUGUUGUUCCCUUCUCUCAUAAAAACACUGGUCCUCAGUUUAACAGUGAAUUUUCCUCGUUUAGUUUCUCCGUUUUGAGAACAUCUACAUGGUGAAAUUAAGCACAGACUUUUUGACUACAAUGCAUACCACAAUUCUUCUUUUGCAACUACUCUUCAUUCCUUUCGCCCUCCCAGAAUCUUAUGUGAGUGAUCUGACAUGCUUCAACGAUUAUGAUACAGAGAUGAAGUGCCACAUGAUUUCAGGCAAACUCCACUGUACUGAAUAUAAACUCAAUGUAUCUCACAAUACGUACAAACAACAAACAUAUUCAUGCAGUUUUGAACGUUUCCCACCCAAAGCCUGUGAAUGCAAAUUCCAAGUGCCAGGCUUUGUCCUUACAGAGAACUUCACAGCUAUUCUGUAUAGAGAGGAGAAGCUUUUGUUCACUAAAAACAUUAACACUGAUGAAAGCAUCAAACCCAAACAACCAACCAUCAUAUCAGUCAAGCUGACAGAAAAUGGAAACUUUCGUAUUACCUGGGACACCAACUACACAUCACAUCACAUCACAUCACAUCACGAUAAAGAACCAUUUUCUGAUAGUCUGAGGACGGAGCUCACCUACGGUGUUAAAGGAGGCGAAGUCAAUUCCACACAGGUGAUACCUUUGGAAAAAGGACGAACUGAAUAUGAGAUUGUGAGUAGAAACCUUCAGCCCAACUCCGAUUAUGUCGUAAUGGUAAGAGUGAGCACAGACUACAACCAGAAUUCGAGGUUCAGCGACUAUAGUCAACCAUAUGAGUUUAAAACACCUGUAUCCAGAAAGACUGUUCUCAAGAUAUUAAUUCCCAUCUUAUGCAUCAUUCUGAUCAUCUUUAUAUCCACCACUUUCUGCUGUUACAACAAAAUGAAGAGAGAGUUGUGGGAUACAUAUCCAACUCCAAAAAUCACUUCGAGUUUUAAAAGUCAGAUUGACAUCUUGCUUCCCUUUGAAAAUGAGUUCUCUCCCAUCCAUGUUGAAAAGUCUUCACUGGGAUUGACUGGGAACAAAACUUGGUCAUCUUCAUCUCAAGCAGAUGUCAGCAGAGAACAACAUAAUCGCCAGAGUAUUAGGAGCAGUGUUGAUUCAGCUUCAGGGGGACAUGCUCAAGUGCACUCUGGCAGUGUGGGUCAGGACAAAGUCACUGUAAAUGCUGCAGUAAAUAAGCUGGAAACAUCAAUGUCCUACAACACACUUGAAAAUCAAUCAAGAGCCACUGUCACAGUCAACUCCACCUGUGGAACUGAACAGGAUUCGGAGGAUAGCUCAGGAUUGUUGUCCUUCAGCAACAAGUGCUAUUUUGAUGCAGCCUUCUCUUUGUUGACCCAGCCCUCUGACUCUUGUAAGAAAGAGAAUUCGCUCCCUGCUUCAACAAACCUUGCUCCUAUCUCAGUGUGCAACAAAGUUCAUAACAAUGUGCUAUCAGACGGAGCCAACACUGAAAUCCAAAGGCAAUCUGGGAAUAACUCUGACUCAUCCCUCAGCAACAGGUGCCUUUUGAAAUCACACUCCGACAGUUCCUCCUUUCUGCACCAGUCUAUUAAGAAUGACAAUUCAUUCCCGGCUUUGUCUGAAAACCUGGAUCCAGUGAUGCAGACGGACUUGGACUAUGGUCCGUGUUCAGGGCCUGCAGAUGCUAAUUGACUCAGUCCACACCCUUCAGAACUGAGAUUGUUGUGGUUCCUGGAUUUCAGAGUUUGAAUGAACUUUUGGACCACGGAAACAAACCAGAAGCAGAUGCAUCUGUAAACCAAGCAUUUAUCAGCUUUCAACCUCUUCCAAGCUUGGACCAAAACACAUGGAGCUCUGACCGCAGCACUGAACUAGAACAGAACAUCGCUCAGGCUGUAGCUCAGACAGCCCACCACAACAUGAGCUGUGUCAGUCAGCAGGAACAUGCACCAACAUUCAAAAGUCUUUGUGGUCCUGUUUUGAAUAUUUCUCCAGGCAUUCAAAUCGACUGUUCUUAUCAAAAAGUGUGAUGUCACAGCUUCAAAUAAAACAUAUUAGUUGUAUGUGCAAUACACUGUAAUAUAGAAUGUGAAUAGAAUACAAACUUUCUGUUAAGCACUGCUGUUAACAUUUGUAUGUAAAAGUUGAUUUUCUAAGCAAAAAUCAGGCAACACAUCUUCUACAGGGAACAAUAUGGCAUUUUCUGUCAAUUUUAGUGCACAAUUUCUGUUUACUUGAGUUUGACAUAUUGGAGGAAAAAAUAAAACAUUGAGUAUAAAUUGAAUAUAUAUAUGUAUAUCUGUCCUAUAACAUUUAUACA